AUGGUGGCUGAGAAUUCCUCUGUACAGUUUGUCCUCGCAGGCCUGACCCACCAGCCGGGCCUGCAGGCGCCCCUCUUCCUCCUGUUCCUGGGCUCCUACGUGGUCACGGCGGCCGGGAACCUGGGCCUGCUGGCCCUGAUCGGGCUGAGCGCCCACCUGCACACCCCGAUGUACUUCUUCCUCUACCAUCUGUCCCUCAUCGACUUCUGCUACUCCACCGCCAUCACCCCCAAAAUGCUGGCCGGCUUUGUCUCGGACAGGAAUGCCAUCUCGUACGCGGGGUGCAUGACGCAGCUCUUCUUCUUCCUCUUCUUCGUGGUCUCGGAGUCCUUUGUCCUGUCCGCCAUGGCCUACGACCGCUACGUGGCCAUCUGUGACCCGCUGGCCUACGCCGCCACCGUGUCCCCCCGGGUCUGCCUGCUCCUCGCGUCCGGCGUCUACGCCAUGGGGCUGGUCGGGGCCGCGGCCCACACCGCGUGCAUGGCCAGGCUGACCUUCUGCGCCCGCAGCCUGGUGGACCACUACAUGUGCGACAUCCUCCCCCUCCUGGAGCUCUCCUGCACCAGCACCCGCGUGAACGUGCUGGUGGUGUACGUGGUGGUGGGCAUCGACAUCGGGGUGCCCACCCUCACCAUCUUCGUCUCGUGCGCACUCAUCCUCUCCAGCAUCCUCCGCAUCCGGUCCUCCAGGGGCAGGUCCAAGGCCUUCAGCACCUGCAGCUCCCACCUCACGGCGGUCUCUCUCUUCUUCGGGUCCGGGGCCUUCGUGUACCUCAAGCCGUCUUCCCUUUUGCCUCUGAGCCAGGGGAAGGUGUCCUCCUUGUUCUACACCAGCGUGGUGCCCAUGCUCAACCCCUUAAUCUACAGCCUGAGGAACAAGGACGUCAAAGCGGCUCUGAAAAAAACCUGGAGCAAAACAAAAAGUAAAUAA